GAGCACCAGUUUCCAGCCAAUGAAAUUCAGGGAAGCUGGAUUCUCAAAUGAAACGUUGCAGUAUUCCAGUCCAUGGACAGCUAGCCAAAUUGAGCAAAGUUUUGGGACCUCGGAGAUUUUUUUGCAGCAGGUAGACCCUCUGCCAGGACCGAUUCUCUGUCCAGCUGUGGUGUACUCAGUUGUAAAGUUCAUGACGGUUGCUAACGGUGACACUUUAGCGCUCAUCAUGCCUGUCCGAGCAGAGUGCUGCAGUAGCAUCGGCUCGGCCUGCCCAUCCUCGGCCUCUCUUGUUCCCCCUUCCCCGAUCAACACCUACCAACCGGGGGUGGCCACUUCGCUACUGUACAGCGGCUCACAGUUUCGGGGUUAUCAGAAGAGCAAAGGCAACUCGUACGACGUUGAGGUUGUUUUGCAGCAUGUGACUGUGGAGGAUUCAUAUUUGUGUGGAUACCUGAAGAUCAAAGGUCUGACUGAGGAGUAUCCCACUCUCACAACAUUCUUUGCUGGUGAAAUUAUCAGUCAAAAAAGGCCUUUUUUAACUAGGAAGUGGGACGCAGAUGAGGAUGUGGACAGAAAGCACUGGGGCAAGUUCCAGCCUUUUUACAAAUACGCCAAAAGCUUCAACUCGGAUGACUUUGACUAUGAAGUGUUGAACAAAAGUGAUUAUGUCUUCAUGAGGUGGAAGGAGCAGUUUCUAGUUCCAGACCACACUAUCAAAGACAUUAGCGGUGCCUCCUUCGCUGGCUUCUAUUACAUCUGUUUCCAGAAGUCUACAGCCACUAUCGAGGGGUAUUAUUACCACAGGAGCUCAGAAUGGUACCAGUCUCUAAACCUAAACCAUGUUCGAGAGAACAGUAUGCCUAUUUAUGAGUUUCGGUGACAAACGCACACACGAGUAUCGAGUCAAGGAGCGUGCAGUUCAUACUGCCCUGUGGUUAACUGGGAUGGGAACAACGGAGAGCCCUUUAGUGCCAAGAUCGGAGCUGACCCGUUUUUCUCGCUGCAGGGAAAUUUAACAUGUGGUCCGACACUCCUAUGCUGAAAGAAAGAAGGCACAGAGAGAGAAGAGUUUAAAGGAAGACAAAGAUCAGUGACAGAUGGAAGGUUUCUUACAGUCACUGUAGUGCUCAUGUUUCUGUUUUUUUUUUUUUUUUUAUUUCAUUUUGUGCUACCGGAUUUCGUUUCAUAGGAUCUGUCUCCCUUUUGCUGGAGAAAUAUGUUCCUGUUUUCCUUCAGUGGAGAAACGUGCAUGUAAUUGCCUUUUAGCUAAGAUUUGCAAAAGAAAAUAGUAUAAAGGGUAUACAUUUGUGAGAAGAGUUUUGUUCAGUAAAGCUUAAUUUAAAGAAUCUUUAUUUUAAAUAUACAACAGCAGCUUUAACACCCCAUAGUGUUUAAUGCAGAGUAUUAUUGACAAAAGUAGCAAUGAUGAGCAGUGGUCUACAUUUUAUGCAAGGUCUAUCAAACUAAGUCGUGGUCUGUGGCUCAGGGAUGGUGUGUUUGGGUAAUAUGUAUUUAAUAACUGGAAAAGCUGAAUGUGGGAGUUGGCUGAGUUAGGAUUACAGUGACGUUGAUUUCCAACAGGGCGUUAAUAAUCAAUCACUUCAAAGCUUCUGCUUUUUCAAACACCGUUGUCUCAACAUCUUGACAAAAAGUCUUAAAUCACAUCAAAAUGUCUCUAUGCAAGCCAAAGGUGACUGACUAAUAGGUAGGAUUUCUAACAGCACCUAACUUAUUUUAUUUUCAGAUGAUUUAUUGCAGAGUGAUUUAUUUAUUUUUUAAAUUAAGAAUGACCAUGAGUGAAAAAACAUAAGGAAAAAAAAAAAAAGUAGAUUUAGUUACAAGCAUUUGAAGCUCAGACAUGUGACAGAACAUUCCGACUCCAUUAGUUUCAAUAAUGUAAGAUUUUCAGUCCCGUAAAUAGGUGUCGAUGAACGGUUGACAAGAAGAUUAGAGAUUUUGUGGCACAUGGAGUUUGACUGACUGGAAAAGUGAAGAUGCAACACGGCAAAAACAAUGCAGUGAUUUGAAUGUUAAUCUUCAACACAGUCUGUGGAUAGAAUCUUACUUGUCUUUAGUUUCAGUCACAUUUGUCUAUUUUCAUUUUUAGAAGCUGUUAAAUGUGGCUAAAUUACUUUUUUACUGCAUUUCCUCUUAACCUUUACAUAAAGGGCACAACAGUUGGAGGUAACAAAAAGCUUCACAUAACAUGCUUAUCUACAAUGUGUUACUGUUCUGUCCUCAGUGGAAAAUAUGUGUAAAAGAGUACCUUUUGUGGCUCAUGGAAAAAAGUCUAAAGUAGGAAAGGGGGAUGAGGAAGAAUAAAACAUGUUAUGCUAAGGAAAAACCUGUUGCCUUACGAUUUUAAAGGUUUGUUAAGCUCCUUUUUUUUUUUUUUUUUUUUUUUUUUAAGAAAUUACUAGGUUAGUAAUGUUUUAUUUGAACAAAAUCAUAAAGGUAUAUUUCAGUGUUGGAGAGGGAUUGUGCAAAAAAUAACUGAAAAUGUCAUGAGCAACCUGAGGAGGCUGACAGUUUGUCUGGAAAGGUUGAUAUAAAGUUGUGUGCUAGAGAGUGCAUGUACUCGGCCUGCCACUGUAUUGCUUCUAGACUUUCAGCUGGCUCGGUCGCCUGCAGCAUGACAGGGGGUGGGGGUGGAUUUGAAGAGUUGUGGGAAUAAUGUUGGCACUGUCAUUUUCUUUUUUUUAACCAACUAUGUGGAUUGAAGAUGUUACAAUCCAAAUGAGCUUUUUUUAUUUUGAAUUGUAUAACGAAGAACAACAAAAUGUGCAAUGUCAGAAACAUGUUUAUUUGGGAGGGAGUCAUUCAAAGUCGUGACUGAAUACACCUGAUUUAAAGAAGAUGAUGAUGUAUGAUAAAUCAGCUAUGAGUGCAUUGUGUGAGGAGAAAUAAAGAGUGAACUGUUUCAUACACA